AUGGAAGAAAAGAAACCGUACUUUAGAGGAAAAAUACAUCUUGCUGCUUUUUACCUUACAAUAUCUAAAUCAAUAUUGUACAUUUUAACAUGGACACUGAUUAGAGGAAACAAAGCUAUUUUAAUUUACCUUAUAUCGCAGCUUAUUCUCUUUGGUGUAAGUUCUACAUACCAUACUACUACAUGGAAAAAUGAACGUGCAGAAUAUUUAGUUCGACUUAUUGAUCAUAUAUCAAUUUUUAUAUUGAUAUCUGGUA